GCUCUCAUAUGUCACUACAAUCAAUUAAUUAAACAAUCUAUCUCCCAUGUACAAAAAUCUAAAUAACUUUAAACAAUAGUUUGAUUGUUUUAAAAUGAUUAAAACAGGUAUGUCACUAGUGCUAUUUUUUCUUGGAGUGGUAUUAGCUCAAGAAUACGAUUGUGAAAUAAACUCCAUAGACCAAGUAUUACCAGUAAUAGAAAAGUGUAGCGUCAUUACAGUUAAAAACCUUUGGGUGCCAUCUGGCCAAACUUUGGAGUUGAGUUUAAAAGACAACUCACAUCUUAUUUUUGAUGGCAAUGUAACAGUUGGCGUAAAAUAUCAAGACGAAGUACCUCUGAUUAGGAUCAGUGGGGCAAAUUUGUUCAUUGAAGGUAGAAAAGAUGCUGUUAUUAAUGGACAAGGAGAAAAGUAUUGGGAUGGUAAAGGCAUCGAAGGUAAAAAUAGGAAACCAGUUCUACUUGAAAUAUCAGCUCAAGAGUCACUAUUAAAAAACAUAAACAUUCGUAACUGUCCGCAAAAGUGUGUUAAUAUUUUAAAAUCUGCAAAUAGUUCUUUUACUGGCUGGAAUAUUGAUAUUACAGACGGAUUUAAGGAUAAUGUUGGAUUGGAUACUCAUGGAUUUGCAGUAGCAAACUCUUCGGAUAUUAUCAUUAAGGAAUCAAAUAUAAUCAACCAAGGUGACUGUAUAGUUGUAAAUCAAGGUUCUGAUUUACACUUUGAACAAAUAGUUUGUAGAGGAUCUCAAGGAAUAACAGUUCGCCCAGAAUGGGAAUAUGAGAAUUAUAUACGAGAUGUUAUAUUUGAUGAUUGUACUGUCAUCGAAGGACAAACGGGUAUUAGAGUAGUGACAUCCCCCCAUCAACCUGAGGGGUACAUUUCGAAUGUUAUAUACAGAAAGAUCCACCUAACAGGAAUAUUGUUUAGAGGUAUAGAUAUUCGCCAAGACCUCGAUGACGAAGGUAGGCCCAGUGGAAACGUGAAAAUUACUGAACUAGAUAUUUCAGAUGUUAAAGGAAAUAUGACAGACAAAUAUGUCAGAUCAGUUUAUAUAUGGUGUGGUCCAGACGGAUGUGCAAAUUGGAAUUGGUCAGAUAUUGAUAUAGAAAAUGCAGAAGUUGAGAAUGCUUGUAAUUUUUUGCCAAAUAAUUGGUCUUGUUGGUAAAGUAGUGCAAGAUAACAGAAAAUACAGUGUACUGAGAAUCUUA